AUGUAUCGUUUAAAUGGUUUAAAUGUUAAUAGUAAUAGAUAUAAUAUAUCAAAUUUGUUUAUAAAAAAUAAAUUCACGACCAAAUUUUACAAAUUUAUCACAACCAUUCCUCAAGGUCAAAAAACAAUUACAGAAAGUGAUGCAUAUAUCACAGAUAAAAAUGUUUAUGUAGAAGGGAAGUUAUAUCCCAAAGAUAAAUUAACUAAUGCAACAUUAACAAUUUUGAAAAAGUCAACGCGUCGAUUACAUUUACAAACCUCACAUCCGAUAUCAAUUCUUCGAACACUUAUAGAAAGAAAUUUUAAUAAAUUUCAAUAUUUUAAUAAUUUUAGUCCAAUUGUUACACCCAUUAAAAAUUUUGAUGAAUUAGGAUUUCCAGAGAAUCAUCCGGGUCGAUCAACUAGUGAUAGUUAUUAUAUUAAUAAAGAUGUAAUGUUUAGAACUCAUACAUCAGCACAUCAACUUGAAGUAUUAAAAAAUUAUCAAGCCGAAAAAUUUUUAAUUAAAACAGAAGAUCAAAUUGUUAUUGGAAUAGAUAAUCCUAUACAAACAUGUCAUUCAAUAGAAUCAGCUAAUGCAAUAAUUUUACAUUUAAAAUAUAUAUUAAAUGGAUUGGUUAAAAUAUUAUUUAAAGAAGAAAAAAAUUUAAAAGUUAGAUUAAUUAAUUCAUAUUUUCCAUUUACAAGCCCAAGUUGGGAAAUGGAAGUAUUUUAUAGAGGAAAGUGGUUAGAAAUUUGUGGAUGUGGAGUUAUUAAACAAGAUAUUCUUAAUAAAGCCGGUAAAUCAGAUAAAAUAGGAUGGGCAUUUGGGUUAGGAUUAGAACGUAUAGCCAUGAUAUUAUUUGAUAUACCGGAUAUUCGAUUAUUUUGGUCAACAGAUCCUCGAUUUUUAAAUCAAUUUAAAUCAGAAGAAAUUAUCAAAUUUCAAUUAUUUUCAAAAUAUCCUUCAUGUUUUAAGGAUAUAAGUUUUUGGGCUAGUGAUGAACAUGAAUUUCAUGAAAAUGAUUUUUGUGAAAUUGUUCGUGAUGUGGCGCAAGAUUUAGUUGAAGAUGUGAAAUUGGUUGAUGAAUUCGUAAACCCAAAAACCAAGAAAAAAAGUUUUUGUUAUAGAAUAAAUUAUAGAUCAAUGGAUAAAACAUUUACAAAUGAAGAAAUAAACGCAAUACAAGAAAAAUUAAGAGACGCAGUGACGGAGAAAUUGAAUGUAACUUUGCGAUAA